GAAGAUGCUCACUUAAUCUUUCAGCUUGUAUACUAAGCGAUCAGGUGUCCAGGCUGAUCAAGAGCUUCUCUUGGAUAAAGCAAUGCUGUAGGAUCAGAAAGGGGUCACCUCUCCGCAUCUCCUGGCACUAGGUCAGAAUGGAUUUCUCAUCAGCACCUACAAUCUAUAUUGAGCACGAUGGUCACACUUUUCCUUUUUUCACCUGUCAGAGUGAGGAAAAGUUCAUCUUCUCUUUGAGAGUUCACUUUGGUGCAGAGUGUCCCCCCACCAGCAAGACAGUGUUUCUGAUUGGCGAACGUGAUGGUCCAAGGGGAAAGGAGCUGCUGAAGGCUCCUCUUAGCAUGUACCUGGAGAACAAGAUCUCACAUACAGAGCCUCUCAAGUUGGAGUUCGUAGACGAUCCGCAACCCCCAGCAGCGGAGGCACAAGCAUUCAUGCAGGCUGGUCAAAGCGCAGGUGCCACAGGUGCCACAAGCACUGCAGCAAGAAGGUUGGCAGGUCCCUAUGUGGACGAUGCGCGUGGUGGCCAGUCAAGUCUUCCUUCAGCGCAAGACAAGAGGGCUGCCAAGCUCCGGAAAGGCCGCAUCAUUAACAAAGAGUGCGACGAAGAUGGGGUGCCUCUAACGACGGCAGGCCAGAAUUCAGAGAUAUUGCUCACAAGCUUGGAGCGCGCGGAGGUGCGGAAAUUUGUGCUCCAGCAUUGGGAGUUGGACGAGAUCUCAGGGAUCCCAUAUGAUCUGACAGAGCAAGAGGAAUCCGAAUGUGUUGAGUUGAGUUUCCUGGAGAUGCAAAAGAGUCCGAUCUUGAGGGGCAGGCCCUAUGGUGCUCUUAGGCACUACGCACGCCGGUGGGUGUGGGAUAUGAACAGACACCGCACCAAGCCUCUGAAGCGGGGCCUGGACAUCCUGAAGCUCCGAAAGAAGGGCUAUGAAAGCGGUGGCAAUGGAAAGGCAACCGGUGUCACCCGUGAGCCCCGGUCCAGGGCAGUGCCUGAAGUAGACGUUGCACCAAAGCGUUCUUUCAGCAGAAAGUCAAAUGACAAGUCUAGCAAACCCCGUUCGAUUGCAAAGGGGUCAGCGCAGGGUGACAAGGACGGGGCCCCUCUCAAACCAAGGAAAGAAAGUACGAAAACGCAAGAGAGCGGCGGCAAGCAGAAAGUUGGCGCUGCCAAGGAUGCAAACGAGAUAGACACGAAAAAGUCCAAAGGAAAGCGAAAGGCGGAGUCUCUGAAGGAAAAAGACAGCGGGACCUCCCCGGGAGCAGCCAAGGAUGAAGAGCAAGACGUGGACUCCCCGCCGGCAAGAAAGCGGAAGAAGAGUGCAAAGGUCGCCGAAAACGAGGCGCGGCAGGCGGAGAAGAAAGAGGAGGCGGAGAAGCCGGCGAAGGUGACCAAGAAGGCGGCAGAGGCCAAUAGGAAGAGGAUUGCGCGACAACUUCAAGAGGCACGAGUUUUCGAGACUCUUGCUGACAUGAAAGGGACAGCACCAGUGGAGGAAGAUUCUGCGGACGCUUGGCUCGAGACAAUUGCCGGUCGGCUUCCUGAAGUCUUCACCUUCGACCAAAUAUUGGAGAAAGCGCCACGCCGCUUUUCAGCCAAGGACGUCGCGACUGCGCUUAGUGACAGUGGGGACUACGUUCUGGUUCAAGGUUGUUGGGUGGCGUCCAAGAAGUAUCUUCGAGCCGAGGUGGAUAUUAAAGCGAGCCCCGAGGAGAUUGCUACACUGGGCUACCUGCGGGGGUACUUCUUGUCUCUGCUGGCGAAAGAGUGAGUUUUCGAAGGUGCUGUGAGUUCCUCUCUUCCGGAAAACGUA